GAUAACAACCCCAGGAUUGAUUUUUUUUUUUUUUUUAAAUCACCGUGAAGAACUCGCUUACACUCCAUUUUGUUCCAACAUUAAGGCAAUGAGCUACAGCCAGCGAGCUCUCCUCGUCCUGGCACUGUUGGGGGUUUUGUCAGCGAUCAUGUCGCUAAUGUCGGCGAGUUUGAUUUUCCAGCUGAAUGCCGGGUUGAAGGAGUCUGGAUCCGCGGUGCCGGGGGAAAUGUGGACCGUGUUAAAGCCGCUCUCUGCUGUACUUUCUGCGCUCUCUCUUACUCUCAACUCCAGCUCGGCCAUUAUAUGUUUGCUGCAUUCACACUUCACCGCAGAGAUGUGGAGAGAACACACACACAGGGCUGAGUGGUUCCUGUCAGACAGCAGGGUCAUCCGGCAUGUUGCUAUUGGCUUGUUUUGUGCUGGGAUUUCUUUUUACCUGGGUGGCUUGUCCAUUUACAUGCUGCUGGUCUUUGAGAUUGAGACAGGAAUAGCCAGUGUGUGUGUGCUCUCCUCUGGUAUACUGGUGCUGCUAGUUCUAGUGGCUCAUACUCUUGUCCGUGUCGCAUGCACAUCCAGACACUUUUACAACCAACACGUCAAUACAGUGUAUCAGAAUGACCCCGAGAUAAGCCCUGGCAUCUGCACAGUUGCAUCAGAGCUUAGCAUCAGGGAAAAGACCACGAGACAACGCAGUGAAGAUGGCAUGAACCACCUGUUUACCAACACGGAGCCCAAACAAUACUCUAGUGAAAGAGAGGCUUAUGGUGUGAGUGGACGCAUACAUAGGACCCUGUCUACUGAAUCCGGCCUCCUCCAGACACACACAAAGCCCUGGAAAGGCGUCAACAAUGAGAUGAGAACUGUGCUGACUCGCAAAGCCACAGGCAAAGACUCCACAUUAGUGUAAGCACCAUUACUGCGAGAGACUUUCAGUGAAACUGAUCCUUUUACUAUUUUUUGCUACAGACUUUUUCCUGUACACUUCACCACAGUGUCAUGAUAAUCGAGCAUUAAGAAUACCGACUUAACAUAUAAAACACUAAAGCUUCAUCCUACAAUUACAAAAUUGUGUAGACACUUACUAUAUACAGAUUGUGCUUGUAGGUCUUGUCACUUUUAUUUUUAAAUAUUUACUUUCUGCCCUGUCUUUUUCAGUUCCUACAAAUGACAAAAUAAUGCAAAAGGUAAUGCCUAUAACAUCUACUGAAGUGUAACUAGAUUUAAAAUGUUUUAAUCUUAGGAAAAGUAAUUGUUGUUAGAUGUUUUGGAUUUUA